AUGGCCAAGACUGGACGUGGUGCCCCCGGUGGCAAGCUCAAGAUGACCCUCGGUCUCCCUGUUGGUGCCGUCAUGAACUGCGCCGACAACUCUGGUGCCCGUAACCUGUACAUCAUCUCCGUCAAGGAAGGGAAGCCCGAGCUCCGAAAGAGGGUGCACCCCGCCGUCAUCGUCAGGCAGUCCAAGCCCUGGAAGCGCUUCGACGGUGUCUUCCUCUACUUCGAGGACAACGCCGGUGUCAUCGUCAACCCCAAGGGUGAGAUGAAGGGCUCUGCCAUCACCGGUCCCGUAGGAAAGGAGGCUGCCGAGCUAUGGCCCCGUAUCGCCGCCAACUCCGGUGUCGUCAUGUAA